AUGGCGAUCGACACCGUGCCGCCGCUCAUCAAUGCCCAAAUUAACUAUCUCCUCAACAACUGUCCUUUCCCUGUCAAGGUGGAGCAAAUUUGGUCCGGCUGCAAAAACCCUAGCUUGCUCGAUCGCUUUACUUUGGUCAUCCCGUUUUGUCUGGACUAUAUCAGAUGGGAUGUUAUAUACAAUGCAAUGUAUCCUCUGGCGGCUCCGGAUGUAAUUUUUGGACCCGAAGAUGAAAGUUUCCAGCCUUAUUCUGGUGGCACUGGAAAAUCCUCUCAGAAUAGUUUGGCCGAUUGGAACAGCAAGGAUCCAUCUCGUUUGUUGUCUCUUAUUGUCGAGCUUAGGAAUGCAUAUAUGGCGUAUCAGAGACAGCGGAUCGGAAAGGUUGAUGAUGAGAGAUUAAAGUUUGAACUUAGUACUAUGCUCCCAAGAGAGGGAAUGGAAAUGUAUUUGAGUUCAGGCACUGAGAAGCCUGAAGAGGUUAGAUUUGCGAUUCCUUUGUUGGACAAGGAUUUGUAUAAAUUGGUUGCUGGAUCCACAUGGAGACAUCCACAGAAGAUUUACUUGCAGAUUGUGUUUCCGGUUGGUAAAAAGUAUUCCACUGCUCCACCCGCACGUCCGAAGUUGAUUUCUACUCCAGAGUUGAAAGCUUUAUUUUCUAUUGAAGAUUUUAGACUUCCUCCUUGGUCGGAUGGGAUGUGUAUAGCUGAGUAUCUUCCAAUUUUGGAGGAGAUGCUAGGAUCGCAGAUGAAAGAUGCAGUCACGUCAGUUGAAACAAGAAGGAAGUUUAUCUCAGCAUUGGCACCUCUCUUUGGAAGACCAAUAGAAGCUGAUCCGGUAUAUUGCAGGAGGGCGACCUUUUUGGCUUCUUCUGGGGUAUUCAAUUUUCUGGUCCACUUUUCCAUCUCACUUCAGUUCCCAAAGCAGCAACCAGCUUUAAUGCUUCAGAGUUCUCAGCACUUUAAUUCCCAGGGCAUUCCUGUCAAAUCACCUAGCAUAACCGAGUAUCCAUGGAGUCCCAGGUGGGGACCAUCACAAAUGGCCGAGCGGCUCUUUGACUUCCUUGCGGACGAGUCAUUAAACUUCAAGAAGUACUGCAAUCAGUUAAACCAGCAAUGA